AUGGGUCGUGUCAUUCCUGCCCACACCCGUCUCAACAAAGCGCCAGCCAAGCUUAGAACACUCGAUUACGCUGAAAGACAUGGUUAUGUUCGAGGUGUUGUCAAAGAGAUAGUCCAUGAUCCGGGUCGAGGGGCGCCGCUUGCCAAAGUCGUCUUCCGCAACCCUUACCGAUUUCAACUUCGCACCGAGACCUUCAUCGCAAAUGAGGGUAUGUACACUGGACAGUUCAUCUACGCUGGCAAGAACGCUACAUUGACAGUUGGAAAUGUCCUUCCUGUGGGGGCUGUGCCUGAAGGGACUGUCAUGACAAACAUGGAGGAGAAGACGGGUGAUAGAGGCACACUUGGUCGAACCUCAGGCAACUACGUCACAGUCAUUGGCCAUAACCCGGAUGAAGGCAAGACGAGAGUCAAGCUUCCAAGUGGCGCAAAGAAGGUUGUUCCCAGCGGUUCUCGAGGAAUGAUCGGAAUCGUUGCAGGUGGUGGCAGAACCGACAAGCCUAUGCUGAAGGCAUCUCGUGCGAAGCAUAAGUUCGCGGUCAAGCGGAACUCCUGGCCCAAGACUCGUGGUGUUGCUAUGAAUCCAGUUGACCAUCCUCACGGUGGUGGUAACCAUCAACAUAUCGGCAAAGCGUCAACAAUCUCUCGAUAUGCGGCGCAAGGUCAAAAAGCUGGUCUCAUUGCUGCUCGGAGAACUGGUUUGCUAAGAGGAACGCAAAAGACGAAAGAUUAA